UUAAUUUUAAAAAAUUCCAAAAAAAUGUUCCCUCCAUUCUCAAAACAACCACCACCAGAAAAUACCCAAAAUUCUUCUCUUAAUAUUUGCUGCAACGAUGAUUAUUUAGAUUUAUUAUUUGGUGCUUCUCUCCCUUUAGAUCAAGUUUGUUAUGCUUUUGCUUAUGGAUCUGGAGCUAUUCCACAAAAAGGAGAAAAUCAAAAAGAAAAAAUGGUUGAUUUUAUUCUUGUUUGUAACAAUUCAAUGCUUUUUCAUCAAAAAAAUCAGCUUUGGAAUCCAGCACAUUAUUCUCUUCCUUGGCGUCUUCUUAAAACCGAAAGAUUAAUAAAUAAUUUGUAUUGGUUUCAACGAGAUGGAUUUUUAUUUCCUAAAGGAGCAAAAUUGUUUUAUAAUACGUUGAUACCUUCUAGAGGUCGUCUCAUAAAAUACGGAGUAAUUGACACAGAAGACUUUGAAGCAGAUUUAUUAGAUUGGCCAAAAUUGUAUAUUGCUGGUAGAUUACACAAACCUGUUUUAAACGUUCUUGUAUGCCCAAACGAUCAAAAUUUGGGUCAAGAACCAAACAGACCAAUUUGGCAAGCAAUUAAUGACAAUAGAUGGAUGGCUGUGCAGGCAGCAUUGUUAUUGUCACCUGAAAAAUUUAGUGUUAAAGAAUUUCUUCAUAAAAUAGUCGGUCUAUCCUACAAAGGAGAUGUACGUAUGGGAUGGGCAGAAGAUUCGAAAAAAAUUGAUAAAUUGGUAGAAGGUGCAAAUGAACAACUCAGAAUGCUUUAUAUUCCUUUAUUAAAAAAUGAUAAACAAAUUUUGAUGGAAAAUGAUGAAAUGAUUGAACAGGAUAAUUCAAUCCAAACAGUAUUUCAUCGUCUUCAAAUGCUUCCCUAUUUUGUACAAAGAGGCCUUUGCAAUUCUUAUUAUCCUUCGAGGAGGUUUAGACGGUACAAUACUAAUUUAGACAUUGAGGAAUUAAUUUACCACAUUUCUCAUCGUUAUGAUGUUCCAGAAAGACUAGAUUUAGUUUUACAAAAAAUUGUUGGUCAUUCAAGUAAACACCAAUCAAUUAAAAAUGCCUUCACAGCUGGAAUUUCACGUUCAUUUAAAUAUAUUUGGCCAAAAUUAAUAAAAGGAAUAUUAAGGAAGUAAAGGAAGAAAAGUAUUUAAUUUUUAUUGUUGGUUUAAUAUUUUUGGAAAUUUUUUAAAAAUUUUUUUUGGAAAAGAAAACAGCAGGGAAUUUGUCUGAAUGUAAGUGUUACGUGGGAAACCCCUUUAUUUAAUUUUUUUACAAACCAGAAUUUAUUUAAUUUUUCGAUUUCCCACUUUUUCUUUUCAAAU